CACAUGUGUGACAGCAAACAGUGAGCAUCUAUCUAUGGACACAUGGACGUCAUAUAGAUGCUGGUAACUCUGGUUGGUUAUACACUACUCUAUAGGUCACAAUUAAGACAUUAUUUCGAAAAUGGCGACAUUGUUGUUGAUAUUCAUUGUUUCAACACUGGGUAUCGACUCUGCACGUGGAGCGUGUGUGGCGGACUGUGACUGGAGUGUGGGAGAGUGGGGAGAAUGCAGUAGAUCUUGUGGUGGAGGGUACCAGACCAGGAACCGAACACGUUGUUGUCAUGACAACGAGUCCACGAAAACAUGCCAGGAACGAUGUCAGAGCAAGUCCGUUGGCGAUGUCCCUGAAACCUACAGAACGUGCAACAAGUUUUGCUUCAAUGGAGGGAGGUUUGAUGAAGACACAGGUCUGUGUAGGUGCAGACAGGGAUGGACAAGCACCUGCUGCCAAGCAGCUGCGGAUGCUGGUGGAUACAACUGUGAAGAAAUGCCCAAUGUAUCAUCCACUGACUACAUUAAUCAGAACCAACAGCACCAUGAGAUUUUCCCCGAGGACUUUACCGGAUACAGAUUUUUGGUGCUGACGAGAAGUAAUGAUAACACAAGCUGUAGUCUGCUGCGAAUGUACAUUGAGGGAGAUAGAGGGUCAGCAUCUGGGAUAUGUCUUCAUCCCUCUAGGCCAGCCUUGUGGAUGCCUUGGAAAACUGGAGAUGACAUUACAGCACAGAUAGGAAAUAUCAAAUUGAUAUUUUUCGAGCCGGAUACAGUUUGUGCCUGGCGACCAGCUGGAGUAACAGUGACAAACAUCCAUUCGUCACGAAGUCAAUAUUUCUCCUGUGCCCAGUCGGUUCAGGAUUCAGGACGGACCAUGAGGAGGGUUCGCGAAGCUUUCACUAGAAGACUCACAGUAACAGUUUAUACAAGCAACAUUUUUUAUGCUGGCACGGACUCGGGCUUGUUUUUGCGGGUGCAGGGUCGGACCGGACGUGACAGUGAAAAGCAACUCUCUGGGUCGUUUGAAAGAAAUGAUGUUGAUAGGACUGUUAUGGACGUUGGGGAUAUAGGUCGACUCUAUGAAGUGAGAAUACGCUCAGACGACGGAGGUUUCGGUUCCGGUUGGCAUCUUAAUAGGAUUGAAAUCCAUGAAGAUGACAGUACAGUUGUAUUUCAAUGCAACUGUUGGAUUGGCGGAGGGGACCCGCUGGAGAGAACUAUCAGUGUCAAGAGUGAGUGUGCAAACAUCGAGUACUGUCGCAGUCAACGGUGCAUUACCUGCGCAGCAUGCCUUCCUUCAGAUUCAGAUUCAAGCUACUUUUAUGCGCUCAGCAGUUCCAAAAGACAGUGUUAUCGAUGCCAAGUCAUUGCAAACUGUGAAAAGAUGGAGGAGUGUGGUUGCAAUGACUGCCAAGUGUGCUCAAGAUGUGAGGGCGUUAUGGUGGAAGAAUCAGGAAUGCGAGCUUAUGCCAUUUCGGCUGACAGAAAAUACUGUAGAAAGGCAUGUUCAUGGCGUCCUGACAGCACGUGGUGUUACCCGGGGACCUGCCAGGAGGAACUGGCCAGUAACUGCAUCUGCUCUCUUGGAUUCAGUGGUUCAAACUGCCAGAACAUUGACACACCACCCGUGAUAUUAUGGAACAGAAUUGUUGUACAUGGCCAGGGUAAAGAAACAGCCGAGGCUCCAGUCGACCCGAACAACUCUGACGUCCAGGAAGACUCGUGGACAAACCUGAAGAACAUUCACAAUAUCAGCUAUGAUUUUCACACAAGCUUCAUCCCUUCUGAACUGCCGCCAAGCAGGCAUAACUUCAUAGAUGGUUACAAAGUCGGAAUAGUACAGGCAAAAGUGACACUAAUCAUUUUCAAAGAAAUGAUUACCUCUUUCUCAACGUCCAUUGACUGUCGUGAUGUUUCUAGGCUUGACCCACAAAGAGGCAUCUUCAAAUGCAGUGGAGAUGUCAAUGUGACAAAUAUCUUGACUUCAUCGGAGCUAAUAACAGGGAAUGUACUGCAGUUUCAGUUCGUCACCUCAAACGGCGGGUUUGUGAAGAUCAAGGACAUGGAGAAGAACACUGUGCAGACACACUACUAUGUUGGUCGGUCGAAGACAGCAACAUUGAGAAUAGGUAUCGACUAUGUGAGUCCAUAUCACUGCAUUGCAGCUCGGGGAUGUUCUGCUGAUAUGCUCAUUGUUGGCAAGACAAGUAUGCAGCCAUCAUUUAACGUUCAGUGGAAUGGGUGGAGAGACGACACAUCUGGCAUACGGUCAUUUGAAUUCCAAGUAUUUGAAAUGGAGUUUAUCGUCAGUAAAGAUGGUCUUAGGAUGAAAAAUAGAAAACUCAUACAAAGGUUCAAUUCCACUCAGAACACUGGCAGACUGCACCUCAAUGACAAGGGGAUAUUCUCAGUGGAGAUUACUGCGAUUGACAAAGCUAGAAACCUAAAGAGUGCCAGAAGAAUCAUGAUCCAUGAUGGAGAAUCCCAUGUAGGGACGAAACCAAACACCGUGUUACGUGCGACGUCAGCGGCAGAGAUAUCUUCAUGGGAGUGGCAAUGGACAUCGGACUCGGUUACCAUCGACUGGAACCAUCGCUACAUCAACACGCUACACCACAGUAACAAUUGGUUGGAGAGGGUAUUGCCAGUUCCUAAUAUUGAUGUGAAGUAUGAUGACCAAGGGUACAGCCGAGGUGUGGAUCAGAUACCCAAUGUACAAGGAAUUGUUGCCGUAAAAUAUGCUUACAAAGUGGACCACAAGGGAGGAACAUCAAUAGGAACGGUUCCAGAUGACCCCCACUUCAGCAGCCUCUACUUAAACCAGUCCCACACAAUCUCGCCCACUCUGGUUGACGGAGACACAUUCCGCUACUGGAUCAGGGCUUAUGACAUCCGUGAGGAGUAUCUGGAGGAGAGAGUGACCGUCCACAUUGACACAUCACCCCCUAUCAUUGAGAACCUGUGGCUGACUCGGGAGGACAGGCUCAAUGUCAGUGUACACAACGUAGAUGAAUUUAACCAAAUGGUGAUCGAAUGGGUGAGUUAUGAUGACCACAGUGGUCUGGAGACAGUUGCCUGGCGACUAUUUGAUAAUUACACAGGUGAGGAUCUCGUCCAUGGUGUUGAGCACGUUUCUCCGCAAGGCAAAGUACAGGACUUGCUGGAAUGUGAAAGUGAAUACCAGACUAGACCCAGGGGCCCUCACUGUUACUGCACUCCUGGAGUUGGAUGUUACCAUAGACAUUUCCAGAUCAAGCCCAGGAUUGUAUCAGCCAACAUGUCAGAAGGAGGAAUCUUCCAUGACAAGGACAAAGGGGUUCAUGACUCGGAUUACUAUCUUGAAGUUACCGUGAUGAAUCAUGCCAAACUCACAACAACUCUAGAUUUUAAGGUGACAAUUGACUCCAGUCCCCCUCACACUGGUUCUGUUCACGACGGUCAAAGGGGCCACUCUGAAAUUGACUACCAAGACAGUAAGCAGCUCCAUGCCCACUGGGAGGGAUUCUUUGACAGAGAAAGCGGAGUCAAGUUUUAUCAGUACGGAUAUGCUGAUCAUUGUCUUGAGAUAAGGGAUUUCGGCCUUGAUUUGUCAUCACCCAAUGUGACCGAGACGUCCUCAACCCAUGCUUCCUGGACAGCCCCUUCUGAAGGCAAGUUCUAUAUCACAGUAGUCGCCUUCAACCGAGCUCUGGACUCAUCCCUUCCAGUGUGUUCUGAUGGAGUAACCGUGGAUCAGACACCACCGUCUCUUGCCCAGAUUGCAGUCCUCAACUCCCGCACUACUGAAGGUCUGGUGACAAAUGGCGAGGAAGUGUGGCUCGUCACUGCAGACAGGAGGAGGAGUCGGAUUGAAGACCCCGAUAGUGUUUGCAGAAUGCGGGCAGCAGUGACAAGCAAUCACAGCUUAUCUCUACUUCCCCUUCAUAAACUUCUGAAUGGUUCAACUGUAACCCACAAAGCAUUAUCCUGCAGUCAGCAUCAAGCCUUCAUGCUCAGCUCCGUCAAUCAGUUUUAUAUGUCACAGAAACAUCACCUCUAUGUCAACUGGACUAGCAGUGAUGCCGAGAGUGGUAUCUAUGACUAUCAGCUGGGACUUAUGUCUGAUGCAUCUCGUGAAGCAGCUCCAGACAUCCUUCCCUACACAUCCACGCACCACCAUCCUCACUAUGAAGGAUACCACCCGCAACUCAGUGAAGGGCAGCAGGUCUAUGUAGCAGUAAAGUCUAUAAAUAAAGCUGCAUUACAUGUCACUGAGGUCUUGGGUCCUAUAACAGUGUACAUUCAGGCGCCAGGGUUCACAGCACCAAUCACUGUUGGCUUACACGAAAACCACCUUGUCGCCACGUGGACAGCUGGUUCAUUCACAGAUGUCAAGCAUGACUGUCUGACCUAUGAAUUUGCUGUUGGUUCUUCCCGGGGUGGCUCCGACAUCUUCCCCUUCCUCCCUCUCCUGUCUGGAGGAGGAUGUUCUGUUUCCACGCCACCAGCAUGUACGGCUGUCGCCACCAGCGACCUUCACUGGGAUCUACAUCACGCACAAACCUACUAUAUAUCGGUGAAAGUGACCAACAUUGUUGGACUGUGGACAAUUGGUGUGUCGGACCCUUAUGUCCAUGAUGUCAUACCGCCGUCUCGGGGAGUCGUUUUUGAUAUCUGUCCACAGAAUGAACAAGAACUUUUUGACAUAACGGACUUCGUGGAUUCCGAUCUCCAGUUAUCCACCACCACGCUUGAAACAAAAUGGUUUGGGUUUGACGAUGGCCGGUCUGGGGUCAAGUACAGCGUCUGUAUUGGAACAACUCCUGGAAUGCAAAACGUCCGCGCCUAUGCAGAUGUUGAAGAAUCCAUGUCACACAAGUUUAACAACUUGAUACUUAAUGUGAACACUGUUUACUAUGUGACAGUAAAGGCAUGGACACCUGCUGGAGAAAUCAGUCAGUCAUCGGAUGGGGUCAGGAUCAUCAGAUACAAUGAAGAUGUAGGUGGCCAUGUCACAGUGAGAGAUGGAGACAGAUGUUCAAAUGAACUUCACCGUCAGACAACAAACAAGACUAGCAUACGGCAUGCACCUUGUGUUCCUGAUCCGAUCUACCAAGCGUCCACAUCCGUGUAUGCAGCCUACUGGGAAGUGACUGGUUUCAACGUUUCUUACACUGAUGUCCAGAUAUUUAUUGAAAGAAAGUUCCCUGGAUCAGGUAUAUAA